AUGACACCAUUUCUUAUUCCUGAAGUACUUCGAGAGAUUCUUUUACAUGUUGCAAAUCCAUGUGAAUUAUCCGGAACUUAUUCGAUUGAAGGAUUACGUGCGCUUUAUCCAUGUAUUUUUGUAAAUCGACAAUGGUGUCGAAUAGCUAUUCCAAUUCUUUGGAGUCAACCUUUUCUUUUUGGAAAAGAAAUUGAUUAUACUCCAAUUAUUUCAAUGUAUUUAAAAUGCCUUGAAAAUCAUGAUAUAAAAUCGCUUUUAAAUCAAGGAAUUGAUAUUUCGUUAAUGACCGACUAUAAUCAAAUGCAAUUAGGUAUAACAAAUAAAAAACCUAUGUUUAAUUAUCCAGGUUUUCUUCGUGUAUUAUAUUAUGAACAAAUGAUAAGUGCGGUUGAAAAUUGGUGCGCCGAAUUAGCCGACAUAAUGGAACAACAACAAAUUGAACAACAACCUGAUUGUGAUGAUCUUACAGAUGAAGAUAAUAAUGAAAAUAAUGUAACGUUGGUUGACGAUGCCGAGGAAGUUAUAAUGAAAACAUUGUUACAACUUUGUUUAAAACAUGGUUCAAGAUUAUAUGGUUUACAUAUAAAUCCUAACACGUUAGAUGAAUUUAAUGAUGAAAUCGACCUUUGGGCUCGACAUCAUUACGAAGAGAGUGUUGACUCUUUUGGAGAAGCUAUCACUUCGUUAAUAUCGUGUCAAACCGCUUUAGUAUCGUUCUCCCUGACAGCCUGCAAAGCAUACACUCGCGUAUUUAUUCCACCACUCAAACUACACUCAUCCACGUUACGUUAUAUAAGAUUCGAUAGAGUAAACUUUAAGGGUUGUGACCCAUGGUAUAGCAUAGCAGAAUGCCGGAAUAUCGAACUUCUUGAAGUAUUUCAAUGUCAGAAUUUAGAGGAAGAGAUGGUUGGACCUGUGACAAAAGCAAGAUUUGGAAAACAUUUUGAAGAUUGGGUUGAUAAAGUUAGUGGAAGUGUUGUUGGUAACAAUAUAUGCGGCGAAAAGUUAAAUAUUGGAAAAGGGAUUUUUGCAUUACUAAGCGUAUAA